GUGUUGUCGAGACCGCCGUGUGAAACACAUCAAAAUUGAAAAUAAAAGGAAAGAAAAAUAAUAAAAAAUUCUGUUUUUUUAUUAGUUUAACGACUUUAAGUUCGAAGCAGGGCAUUAACAUCGAUGUCCAUGAUGUUGAAGAACUAAAUUCGUAUGAUAAUUCUUAUUUUGUUUCUCAUUAAAUCUUUGAUUCGUAAAAUCUUUUCAAUUAGUUUUCACCAGAAACUCAUUAAAAAUGUGCGAAAUUAUUCGUUUUGUUAGUUUCGAAAAACAUGUGAAAUCGCCAGAAAGAAACAUUAAAAGCUAAACACUCGUUCAUGGGCGCGACUUGUUAACUAACGAAAAAAAAAAGAAGAAUUCUGUCAUGUUUCAGUGUUGUGCUAUCGCUGUUUGAGUCGUAAAAAUAUAUAAAUUUCGGCAACAGUUCAUCGGAACUCUAAAAAGUGACAAAAAAAAAGAAAGAAAAAGAUUUCGUUAUUAUUUAAAAAGUGACCCACAUAAACACUCGACGUAAAAUGGAAUGAAACAUCAACAUAUGAAUGGAAAUUUCUCGUCUUGCCUGGAAGUUUAAAAAUAAAUAAAAACAGAUUUUAUUCGCAAAAAAAACUGACCUACGAUCAAUUUGGUGCUGUGACGAUUCAUCUUUAUUCAAAGGAAUUUUGUUAUCAGUGUAAAAGUAUUUAAAAAAGCGAUUUCGUUGAAAUCAUAAAAAUUAAAAAGUAAUUAAAGUUAUAAAAAAGACAAUCAUCAGAUCAGAAUGGAUCACCAUCAUCACAACCACAAUAAAUAUCAUUACGAAAAGUUACCGUGGACUCUUGUACCAAUGCAUCCAGUAUCUGACGAUCCAAUUGCUGCCCCAAUCGAUCCAGGAAUUCCACAAAGAUCUUUCACCGAAAAAGAUUUUGAAGGACAUCGAGCCCAUACAGUUUAUGUAGGUGUGCAUGUACCAGCUCGACGUUCUCAUCGUCGUAGAAAACAUUUACCAAAGGAUCUCGGUGACAAAAAUUCCCAGGAUUCGCAAGAACGACCAGUUACACCCCCAGCUCAACGAGUGCAAUUUAUUCUUGGUGAAGAUGCAAAUGGUGAAGAUGGAAUUAACCAACCACCUCUUGAAUCUCAUCCUUUGUUUUCUGAGAUGGAAGAGCUUGUCAAAGAUGGCGAUGAGAUUGAAUGGAAGGAGACAGCACGUUGGGUGAAGUUUGAAGAAGAUGUUGAGGAAGGUGGCAAUCGAUGGUCAAAGCCACACGUUGCAACGCUUUCACUUCACUCUUUAUUCGAACUGAGAAAUCUUCUCUUGACUGGAACUGUUAUGCUUGACAUGGAAGCGACGAGCCUUGAACAAGUUGCUGAUUUAGUGACAGAAAAUAUGACAAAUAAUGGACUUUUAGGAUAUGAAACCAAGCUUAAAGUGAAGGAAGCUUUACUUCGUCGUCAUCGCCAUCAGCAUGAAAAAGAUCCGAAGAAAGUAAAAAGUGAAGUGAACAUGAGUCGAUUGCCAAUCAUUCGCAGUUUAGCUGACAUCGGAAAGAAUCAUUCGACAGCAAAAAUGGAAGAUCAACAGCCAUCAUCUGGCAGUCCACCAGGCAAUUUAUCAACAACAAGCUUGAAAAAUGGAAACGGUAGUAGCGGAAAAUUUCUAUCCGUUCCAGGAAAGCAAUUGUUUGAUCAAACAACCCACCAACAACCACUCAUAAGUCCUAGUAGCACAUCACAAAUAUUACGAAAUGUCAGCUCCAGUGAUUUCCAAGGUCACGACCAUCAUCGCAUAAAUUUUAAUUUUAUGCGUAAAAUUCCUCCUGGCGCUGAAGCUUCAAAUAUUCUCGUUGGCGAAGUCGAUUUUCUAACGAAAACUUUAUCUGCAUUCAUUCGCUUAAAUUCUGCGGCAAUCAUGGGUGACUUAACUGAGGUUCCCGUUCCAACAAGAUUUAUUUUUGUGCUUUUGGGACCGGCGGGUAGUCAAGCGACAUUUCAUGAAAUUGGGCGUUCCAUGGCGACUCUUAUGAGUGAUGAAGUGUUUCAUGAAGUUGCUUAUCGUGCAAGAAAACGAGACCAUCUUUUAGCUGGUGUUGAUGAGUUUCUUGACGCUGUCACUGUCCUUCCACCUGGUGAAUGGGAUCCGUCAAUAAGAAUUGAACCACCGACUGUCAUUCCGUCACAAGAAAUUCGUAAAAGACCACCGGAAAAGCAACCGAAGAAGGAAGAACCGGAUGAUGAAGAAGAAGAACAGAAGUUGAGGGAAGAGUCGGGAUUGUCACGAUCUGGUCGAUUAUUUGGUGGACUCAUCAAUGACUUGAAACGAAAGAAACCUUUUUAUUUAUCAGACUUUAAGGAUGGCGUCAAUUUGCAAUCAGUCGCUUCUUGGAUCUUCUUAUACUUUGCAUGUCUGUCGCCAAUCAUUACAUUUGGUGGUUUGUUAAGUGAAGCGACUGGAAAAAAUAUGGCAGCGAUGGAGUCUCUCGUGUCAGGAUUUGUUUGUGGAAUUGCUUAUGGAUUCUUCUCUGGACAACCGUUAACGAUUUUAGGCUCCACAGGACCUGUGCUUGUAUUCGAAACCAUCGUUUAUGAGUUUUGUGACUUAACUAAAUGGGAUUACAUGACAUUUCGCUUCUGGAUUGGAACGUGGAUUACAAUUAUUUUAUUUAUUCUUGUGGCUAUCGACGCAUCUGCUUUUGUUUGCUACAUCACAAGAUUUACUGAAGAGAACUUUGCCACUUUAAUUGCCUUCAUAUUUAUUUACAAGGCAGUGGAAAAUGUUUUUGCUAUAGCAAAGAAAAUUCCAAUUGGCGAAUGCAUUUGUCAACCUCCUGGGGGUUUCAUGAAUGCCUCGAUGAGGCGUGUUGAAGAGUUCAAAGCUUUCAACGAAACAACUUGCAGUGAAGCUAAUGGUACGAUGGUUGGAGACUGCUUCAGUUCAGCGUACGCAUCGCCAAUCUUUCAAACUUCAUUUAUUCUUUUUACGGGAACUUUUCUCAUUUCCACCAUCUUGAAAGACUUUAAAAAUCUUCUCUUCUUUCCUGCAAAUGUUCGUCAAGUCAUCAGCGAUUUUGCUGUCAUCAUUGCCAUUUUUUCGAUGUCAAUUCUUGAUUAUUUCAUGAAUGUACCAACGCCAAAGCUCGAUGUUCCUUCAGAGUUUAAACCAACCUUACCUGAUCGUGGGUGGAUAAUUCCACCUUUUCAUGAAAAGAAUCCAAUCUACUCAUGUUUCUUGGCCAUCAUUCCCGCUCUGUUGGGCACAAUUCUCAUUUUUAUGGAUCAACAAAUCACUGCAGUCAUCGUGAAUCGCAAAGAGAAUAAAUUGAAGAAAGGCUGUGGAUAUCAUCUUGAUCUGUUUAUACUUGCAAUUCUCAUUCAAGUUUGCACUGUUCUUGGCAUUCCGUGGUUUGUUGCUGCGACUGUUUUAAGCAUCAAUCAUGUCAAUUCCUUAAAAAUUGAGUCAGAAACAGCAGCACCAGGAGAGAAGCCUCAAUUUCUUGGUGUCAGAGAACAGCGACUUACUCACAUCAUGAUCUUCUUAACGAUUGGAUGUUCAGUCAAAUUAACGCCACUUCUUUCACACAUUCCAAUGCCAGUUUUAUUCGGCGUAUUUUUGUAUAUGGGAGCAGCAUCUUUGAAAGGACUUCAAUUUUAUGAUCGUCUACUCAUUAUGUUGAUGCCUUUAAAGUAUCAACCUGAUUACAUGUUCUUACGACAGGUUCCGAUAAAACGUGUUCACCUCUUCACUCUUAUACAACUGACUUGCUUGGUGUGUCUGUGGCUUAUAAAGUCAUUCCAAGCGACUUCAAUUCUCUUUCCAUUAAUGCUUGUUGUAAUGAUUGGCGUACGAAAGUCGCUUGAUUGUGUCUUCACUCGUCGCGAAUUAAAAAUCCUUGACGAUAUCAUGCCAGAGAUGACGAAACGUUCUGACGACGAUUUACAUCAAUUGGAAGAUGGAAAUGGUGGUGGCGAGGUGGGAUUUUAUAAGAAAUUUAUCACUUGUUGUAUAGGCGAGAAAGUUGAAAAGCAACUUGUCAAACGCAAAGCUGACACUGUGCACAGCUAAGCUUUUGAUAACUUAUUAAAUAAAUAACACUCACAACUUCCUUCAUUUCCCUUGACUCACUCAACUGUUUGUCAGUUCAUAAAUUAAUCUUUUUAAUUUAUUUUAUUUUAUCAAUUGAAUGAUGGAAAAUUUUAUCGUCAAUUUAAUUCCUUUUCUUUUAAAUUUAAUUCUAACUAACAAAAAGAGCUUCUUAAUAAGCACAAACAUGCACAUUAAAAGGAUGAAAGUAACAUUUUUAUGACAACUGUGCCAAUAAAGUUUUGAAAGUUCCAGAUGGAAAAUUAAAUGAUUAAUCAGGCACUGACAAUGUAUGAUCAGAGUUUAGACUGAGUGUCUGAUAAAUUUAAUAAUAAAAUUAUGACUCUAAAUCAUGUCUGAGUUCAAAAUUAUUAACAAUGACAAUCCUUUCCAUUCUUCCUUAAAAUCCCAACUAGACAAAACUUUUCAUUUUUCCAACAAUUCAUCAACAUACAGAAUUGCAUGAACAGGAACAUUAAAGUGUUAGUAAAUUUGGUUUAAAAACAUUUGUAAACAAUGCGCACAUUUUAUUAAAGUUUUAUUUCCUUUGGAUUAUGUUGAAAUUGGAAUUAAAUAAAGACAAAGAAUGAAAGCAAAUCGUGUCAAUUCUUGUGAGAAAUUCUUUUCCAAAACCUUCUCUACUCUACCCAUAACUUAUAUCUUAUGUACAACUAACAAUUAAAUAUGCUCAUAAAAUGUAUUUUAAUGGAAAAGGAGCAAAGAGAAAGAGAAAUUCUUGAAAAAUCUUGUUUUGUAAACUGAAGAUGUUGUUGAACGAAGAAAUGGAGAAGAAUUCAAUAAAAAACAUUGUCAAAAUCAACA